UCGGUGAGUAGGGAAGGCCAGUAGAAGUAGCGGGAGAUGGUGUCGAAGGUUUUCUGGAAACCGAGAUGUCCUGCGGUCUUGGCGUCGUGGUGCUCGGCCAAGAGCUGAGUACGGAGGCCUCGUGCGUCGGGGAUGCAAAGUCGGCGAGUGCCUUUGGUACCGAUGUAGAGGAGAUUGUUGUGGAGGGAGUAGUCCGGAACUGGGUCAAGAUUGCGGAGUUUGUUGUAAAUGCGGGCUUGGCGUGGAGUGAUAUCUUUCUUGGAGAGGAUGGAGGAGACGAUGGUGUUGUCAGUGCAGAUGGUGAAGUAUUACCCGUCGAGGUACGCGCGCCAAACUGUGAGGGCGUGAAUCACGACGAUGAGUUCCUUCUCGUUGGAGGGAUAAUUCAUCUCUGCAGGAAGGAGCUUCUUGCUUGUGAAGGCGAUGGGGUAUUCGCCAGGUGGAGCCUCGGGGUGGGUGGGCGAGUCCUUGAUGGAGGGGGUCUCGACGGUGUCGCGGGGGAAAUGUUGGGACAGCACGGCUCCGAUGGCGAAGUCGGAGGCGUCAGUGGUGACAUAAAAAUGGCGAGUGGGGUCGGCGAUCUUGAGGACAGGGGCCGUGGUGAUGGUUUGCUUGAGCAAGUCAAAAGCGUGUUGGCGGCGAUCGUUCCAAUGGAAAGGCUCGUCCUUGCGAGUGAGUUCAUGGAAAGGGUUAGAGAUCUCGGAAAAGUUGCGAAUGAACGGGCGGUAAUAGUUGGCAAGGCCAAGGAAGGAACGGAGUUGGAGGAGGGUCGUGGGUGGGGGGUACUCGACGAGGGCUGUGACCUUCGAGGGGUCCAUACGUAUGCCUUCAGCGGAGACAAUAUGGCCGAGGUACUCGAAGCUCGAAGCGGCAAACGUACAUUUGCUGAGCUUGGCGUAGAAUUUUUGCUCGCGGAGGAUCGAGAGAACUUGGCGGAGGUGCUGAAGGUGGGACUCGAAGGUGGGGCUGAAGCCAAGGAUGUCAUGAAGGUAGACGACGACACAAACUUUGAGGAGGUUGCGGAAGAUAUGGUUCAUGGUAGAUUGGAAGGUAGCGGGGGCAUUG